GUCACCGGGAAGCGCCUGUCCGCGGCUGAGUUGGCAGCGCCGGGGCCGGCGUUCGGCGCUAUGGCCGAGGGCAGCGGGGAGGUGGUCGCCCUGCCGGCGUCUGGGGCCGCCAACGGCCUCAGCAAUGGGGCAGGCGGGACGUCGGCGCAGCCCAACAACCCGCUGUCGCGCAAGCUGCAUAAGAUCUUGGAGACGCGUCUGGACCAUGACAAGGAGAUGCUGGAAGCUCUCAAGGCACUUUCCACCUUUUUUGUUGAAAAUAGUUUGCGGACUCGAAGAAAUUUACGUGGAGAUAUUGAACGCAGAAGCUUAGCCAUCAAUGAAGAAUUUGUAAGCAUUUUCAAGGAAGUGAAGGAGGAGCUUGAAAGCAUAAAUGAAGAUGUUCAAGCAAUGAGCAGUUGUUGUCAGGAUAUGACAAGCCGCCUACAGGCAGCAAAGGAACAGACUCAAGAUUUGAUAGUAAAAACCACUAAACUUCAAACUGAAAGCCAAAGAUUAGAAAUAAGAGCACAAGUAGCAGAUGCCUUCUUAUCCAAGUUCCAGCUGACUUCUGAUGAAAUGAGUCUCCUCCGAGGUACAAGAGAAGGACCUGUUACUGAGGACUUUUUCAAGGCCUUGGGAAGAGUAAAACAGAUUCAUAAUGAUGUCAAAGUACUCUUGCGUACAAACCAACAAACAGCAGGUUUAGAAAUUAUGGAACAGAUGGCUUUACUUCAAGAAACAGCUUAUGAAAGACUUUAUCGGUGGGCUCAAAGUGAAUGUAGAACACUGACACAAGAGUCAUGUGAUGUAUCUCCUGCAUUAACUCAGGCGAUGGAAGCCCUACAGGAUAGACCUGUCUUAUAUAAGUACACUUUAGAUGAAUUUGGAACAGCUAGACGAAGCACAGUUGUUCGAGGGUUUAUUGAUGCUCUUACAAGAGGUGGCCCAGGAGGUACACCUAGACCCAUUGAAAUGCACUCCCAUGACCCCUUGAGGUACGUGGGAGAUAUGUUGGCGUGGCUCCAUCAAGCUACUGCUUCUGAAAAGGAACACCUCGAAACCUUCUUAAAGCUUGUAACUACACAAGGUGUUGAAGAAAAUAUUCAAGAAGUUGUUGGGCACAUCACUGAGGGUGUGUGCAGGCCUCUGAAGGUUCGAAUUGAACAAGUAAUACUUGCUGAACCUGGGGCAGUUUUAUUAUAUAAAAUUUCUAAUCUCCUCAAAUUUUACCACCAUACAAUCAGUGGCAUUGUUGGAAAUAGUGCAACUACUUUAUUAACCACCAUUGAAGAAAUGCAUUUGCUAAGCAAAAAAAUAUUCUUCAAUAGCUUGAGUCUUCAUGCAAGUAAAUUAAUGGAUAAGGUGGAACUCCCACCACCUGAUCUUGGACCAAGUUCUGCCCUAAAUCAGACACUCUUGUUGCUGCGUGAGGUUUUGGCAUCUCACGAUUCUUCAGUCGUGCCACUGGAUGCUCGUCAAGCUGACUUUGCGCAGGUUUUGUCAUGUGUCUUGGAUCCUCUGCUCCAGAUGUGUACAGUAUCAGCCAGCAAUUUAGGCACAGCUGACAUGGCCACUUUCAUGGUUAAUUCACUCUACAUGAUGAAAACAACAUUAGCCUUAUUUGAGUUCACUGACAGACGUCUAGAAAUGCUACAAUUUCAGAUUGAAGCACAUUUGGACACACUUAUAAAUGAGCAAGCCUCUUAUGUUUUAACUAGAGUAGGCUUGAGUUACAUCUACAACACUGUGCAGCAACAUAAACCUGAACAGGGCUGUUUAGCCAAUUUGCCCAACUUAGACUCUGCGGCACUGAAGGCUGCAAUGGUUCAGUUUGAUCGUUACCUGUCAGCCCCAGACAACCUACUAAUGCCACAGCUGAACUUUCUUCUGAGUGCCACAGUGAAAGAGCAGAUCGUAAAACAGUCUACAGAACUGGUCUGCAGAGCCUAUGGUGAAGUGCAUGCAGCUGUCAUGAAUCCAGCCAAUGAAUAUAAAGACCCAGAGAGCAUUCUACAUAGAUCGCCACAGCAAGUGCAGACACUGCUAUCCUGAUUAUCUUAGUGACUGUGCUUCCCUGGACACUAAUGGUUGUUUUGUUUUUAGGCUCUAUCUAAUCUUUGGGAUUUGAGAAUUAGUUUUCUGUAAAUCAUAAGAUUAUUCUUUUGUUCUCCAGUAUUGUGGAAGUAAAUGUUAACUGAGUUAAUAUUA